GCCGCGCGUGCGCGUGCGCAGUCGCUGCGGGUGCUGGCGCUAUGGUCUCCCCGGUCCUUACGGGAUCACGGACGGCCUCAGUCUGGAGAGCAGCAAUACCAUCAUCCCUUCUGAAUCAUUCUUUGAGAACAGUGAGUUAUCAAGAAGGAAAGCCCGAACCUGUGAAGCAAACCCUUAAGAAGUCAAAGCUGCCAGUGGGUCAUUUUGACACACCGGAGGAUUCACGCUUGGAGAGCGAGCCGCUAAAGAAGUUUCCAGAUGAUGUUAAUCCAGUUACCAAAGAGAAAGGUGGACCCAGGGGCCCAGAGCCCACCCGGUAUGGAGACUGGGAACGGAAAGGACGCUGCAUUGACUUCUAAGUCACACGAUCUUCGGCUGCAGACCUCUUCCUGAAUUCCUUACUUCGCACUGUUCUCUUCUUCUGCAUCCUUUAAGUCAUGUGAUUUCCAUCAUACGUAGCUUUGAAGAGCACAUGCUGCUCUAGACUAGGAAAGUGGAAACUCUUUCCUGUUAGCAUGUGUUACGUGUUUGAGUAGAGAGAGUGUGGUGAGAGCGCAAGCCUUUGCCAUGAUCUUUCUAUAUGUAAUCAGUUGCUUAUGAAAUGCACAUGUAAAUAAAAGAUUUAAAGGUU